AUGCCUUGCCCGCGGAGUGUGCGGAGAAGCAGGCAGCACAGCAGCACCGCCAGCCGGGCCGCCCGCGCUCUCUCCCUAUGCAGCAGCUUGCAUUCGCGAUCGCGAGUGGCUGGCUGACAGCUCGCUUCCAUGUGAUCCCGCCGCCCGAUGGGUUACGAACGCCGCCUCACUCCUCCGGGUUCGCCGAGUCGCCGUGGAGCAGCGACUAGCAUGACGCGGCAUCGAUGAGAGCGAUCGCGGAUCGAUUUGGACACUCCCUUGGGGCUAGCUGAUCGGACGGUGGGUGGCGGCAUGCUGCUCAACGGCGUCAUUGGCCGCGGGGUGUCCUCCUCCUCGUCCUCCUGCGGCGCGGUGGCGGGCGGCAAGACGUCGCUGCUCGAGCACCGCGUCACGCUGCUGGCGUCGUUCGCGCUGCUCACCUACUUCCUGUGGAUGGACGUGGCCCUCUACCACCGCAUACAGAGCCUGCAGCUGGCCGGGCCGACGCCGGCGCCGGCGCCGUCCCGGCUCUUCUCGCCCUUCACGGGCCUCUCGGUCAAGAUGAUGAUGCUCGACCAGGUCAACAACUACAUCCACGCGCCGCUCGCCAACCUCUUUGACCGGGUGACCCGAUUCACGGAGGUGUUCUACUUCAUCACGCCCAACAUGAUCAGCGUGGCGGGCGUGGUGAGCGCGCUGGCUGCCGCCAAGGUGGUGACGGCCGAGAGUCUGGCCAUGCAGCGGCUCGCCGUGCUCCUCAUGUCGCUGCGAACCUUCCUGGACGCCUUCGACGGACAGGUUGCCCGUUCCCGCAUGGGCAUCGUGCGGCUCAUGUCCAUGCGCCAGACGUCGGGCUACAUGGUGGACGGCGUGGCCGACACCAUCGGCUUCACCGCCUUCCUGGUCGGCUGCUUCCUGCACCUGCGCCGCCGGCUGCUCUCGUCCAAGCACUACCUGCCCAUGGUGCAGGUCGAGGCCGCCGACAAGUCCCUGCCCAACGGUGGUUCAUCUUUCUCUGUGGUCCAGCACCCGCUUAAGAAGGUCAUGGUUGUGGUGCUCUGCUUUGGUGCCCAGAUGGCCAUCAGCUGCUUCUUCUGGGACCGCUACAUCAACGAAUACCACAUACUCCUGGAGACGCCCGGCUCCAGCAAAGAGCGUUUAUCAGAGGUUGCUCAAACAGAGGUGCUGCGUUCUUCCAUGAUGUGGAUCAUUAUGUGGUUCUGGCGCAUCGCCAAUGCUCACGCACUCAUGCAAAUGUUCCUCUUUGCAAUCUUCAUUAAUCGUAUGUGGGAGUUCCUGUUGUGGAUUCAAUACAUUGGAUUUGCAGUGCUUGGGACUCUGGUGGUCUUCACAGAAUUUCAUCUGAGGACCAUCCAGAGCUACCUCUUAUGAAAAAGCAGGCGGAAGCAUUCAAGAGGAGAGGCAGUUCAAUACAGAGGCCUAAGUCACCAUUCACCCAGCUGCAUUCCACAACGCAUUUGCAGCAGACAGGAUGCGAGGCAGCCGUCUUUUUUUGCCCGAAUGUUUCUGCACUUUCAUUGCAUUCUUUCUUUUCGGUGGUGCUUAUAUUUUUAUGCUGCAAGGAGCAGUGUUAGUUUGGUGCUGCGCUCGGACAUGUUGCAUGGAAGCCCAGCGUUGGAGUGACAUUUCCAAGACCUGCCUCGAUGGCGGAACCCCACCCCUCCAUGCCACAUUGGACUUCUUCUUUCACCGUUUUGUGUAAUUUCAUCUAACUUGGUGCCACUGUCUUGCAUCGACAGUAAUUGUGGAGUGGUGGUUUCGGUUCGCUUGCUAGUUGUCCCAUACUGCAGCGUUGUAUCUCUGCUCUGUUCUGAACAUUUCUUUUUUCCCUGUUUCUUCACGCACUGUAACAUUCCAAUCUCACCUGACUUCUUCCUUCCCACCCCUAAAGCAUCCGUAUUGACAUAUUUUCUCAUAUCUGCACUGGUAUUCGAUAAAGAGAAAAAAAGAAGAAAAAAAACUAUGCGACUGUAAGAAUGCCUUGACCAGAACUGAGCACUGCUACACGACGUACGGGAUCUUGCACAAAGUUGCGCAUCCUAUGUUCUCUUGUUUUCAUCGCAAACUUGUCAAUUCUCUUGCCACGAAUGCAUUAACUAUUUCUGAGGUUGGUGUGACACUUCAGUUCACCGGUAGGGUGAACGCAGGCAUUACAUUAGAGCAAGCUCUGUUGUUGGACUGCUAAAUUCGGAACCACCGAAAAUUCUUUGCGGUGCCUUUGUGAAUGUUUUUAAUGGCCUCAUGGAAGGUUUUCCUUUACUUAUUUUUUUUUUUCAGUCUAUAGCUCUGUCCCGGCAUGGCGGUGGGGACGAUUUGUGCCUUCAGGCGUGCGGGCUUGACGUGACUGGCACCUGUGAUAGUGCAGUGGCAGGGGAUACAUAUCUGACCUUGUGGUGUCGUGCAUAUCGGGAUAAUUGAGUGAAAUGUGCCGACACCAUGUGCCAAAUUUUCUCUAAUGUGUUCCUAUAUCCGAUUCUGUGGCAGCUAGGGAGCAGGGUGGAUCACUCGCACAUGCGCGUGAGCAUAAGACGUGGGGUGAGAGCGGAGGCGGCAAAAAAUUGUAGAAAUUUAGAUAUGUGCAGCGAGCUGUACCACGUCUUACAAAUUGAGUGACGGCGGCGGCUAAAAUUCUAACCGGUGCAAUACCCCAGCUAGCUUAGUGCUUUUCUUGUUACUUCUAGUCCAUUUGCACAGCUUAGUUUUCAUCACAGGUGAACAAAUGAAAAUUUGCACAGCUACGGUGUAAUGAAAGACUUUGCGACGCGAAGACUAUGCAGUUAUCAUAGGGCAGUGUUCAUUGUGAUACCAUGUGAAUCUGCAUCAAAGUAGAGUGUUACGUGUACAAUGGUGUGUAGAUAUGGAACAAAUUAUUUAUAGUUGUUAGGCUCCCGAA